CGGCAAAGAAACGGGAAGCUUUGAGCAACUGCGUGAUUAUCUUGUAACGGAGAUUGUGGUCACACGUAGUCAACCAGAUACCUGCACGUUUUGUUAUAAUUUCACAGUAUUUGAGGGUUAACGAUAAAAUACGUUUCAGUUUAACUGGUCACAACUUGCAGAGCAAAAUGGGCUGUUUCUUUUCAAAAAAAUCCAGAAGGAAAUCACCUGAUAAAGCGGAGCUUACUACACCGACGACGACGGUGGAGACUAGCAACAACAUUCUUACCAAUGUCAGCAGCAGUAAUAACACAGAGGAGGCGCCCAAGCAAUACAGUUGGGACAAGCGUGAAAAGGUUGAUCCAAAGGACUACAUGCUGACAGGCAUCAAGGAUGCCACUGUAGGCCGUUUGCCCGGUACACUAAAAGGACAGCAGUUUGUCAUCCAAGACUGUGAGAACUGCAACAUCUAUGUGUUCGACAACUCCGCUACAAUCACCAUUGACGACUGUAUCAACUGCCGUAUUGUUCUGGGGCCAGUGAAGGGUAGUGUGUUUUUCAGAGACUGCAAAGACAUUAAGUGUGUGGUGGCAUGCCAGCAGUUUCGUACACGUGACUGCAAGAAAAUGGAGGUGUUUCUGUGCUGUGCCACACAGCCCAUCAUCGAGUCAUCCACAGGCAUGAAGUUCGGCUGCUACCAAUACUACUACCCAGAGCUGGCCUUCCACUUCAAGGACGCAGGGCUUAGUAUAUUCAACAACAACUGGAGCAACAUCCACGACUUCACCCCUGUGUCUGGAGAAACCAACUGGAGCUUACUGUCGGAGGGUGUGGUCGUUCUGGACCACGUGCCAGCACCAGACGCAGAGUCAGAGUUUAAAUCCGUUCGGAUCUCUACUGAUGCCACACGUAGCAUCGUGCCCAUGACCAAGGGAGGGAGGCGCAAAGAGAGUGACGAGUCUUGCCUAUUUGUCUUCUUUGCAGGGGAUUAUACAACUGCGAAUGCCAGGAAACUCAUUGAUGAGGCCAGUCAAAAAGGCUUUGUGUUAGUCCAGACGAAGGAAGUGUCCAUGCGGCCCGAGGAUGUGAACAGAGUUUUCCAGAGCAAUGCUGAGGAUCUCAUUGAAUGGAUCACCAAGGGUCCAGUUGUAGCACUGGAGAUGAAUGGGGAUGGGGUUGUAGAAGCCUGCAAGAACAUAGCCAGCGAAGUGUUCAGUGGGACAAAGGUUUUUGUGUCAGAGAACAAAAGCACCUCUUGUCGAGAUGUGGACAAUUUCUUCAACUUUGCUGACAUGCAGAUGGGACUGUGAUUAUAUUUUGCAAUUCGUUAUAAAUGCUUUUAUUUUGUUUUUACUAGUGUAGGGUGUUAAAUAUUGUCCAGACAACCACAACUAAUUCCCCUAUGGUUUAAAGGAAGAUGGGAAACUGAACAGUGUAUUACAAGCCAUCAAGUUGAGACUCCAUCCAGCAACUCCAGACUUAAGCAUAUGAGAGGUAGGGUGACACCCAUCCUUACACUAGUGGUUUGUUCCUCAGAAUCAGAAUAGUCUAGAAAACAAAACAAAAAUAGCUACAUACCAUGCCAUUUAUUAAAUAACGAAA